AUGCGAAAGUUCCUAACGACAACAUGUAAAAUUGGCAUAGGUGGCAGAAGCCUGGAUAUAAAGUUUUUGAUAUUUCCAGAUGACAAGAAUAAUCGCACUUUACUAGGCACAGAUUUUCUAGAGCAUGCACAAAUUGUUUUAAAUAUGGGACAAAGAUAUUGGCACUUCGAAGGUAAUCCAAUCCAAGUUUUUGAUUUUGCAGAGGAAUGGCCAUUGGAAUUGCAUAUGGUUGAAACUAUAAAAGUGGUAGAGACACAUCCCAAGCGUAAGGCGACGGAAGUUGCAGCUGACCAUGUUGAGCCAAAUUUUAUCACCCCCAAGAGCACUUGCCAACACUUCGUCUAUGAGUUUGAAUCGUAUAGUCCAGAUUAUCAUCAAAAUGAUUACUCUCCUCAUUCUAUCCAGUCAAUUUUUAGAGAUGCUAUACCACCAGAUAUGGUCACACCCGAAAGAGCAAAACAAAGUGAAUUGUUCCCAAGUACAACAAAAAAGAACCAAGAGGAUGGUUCUGCUCGAGUUUGUGUGGAUUAUAGGAAACUUAACGCCAUCACUUUACCUGAUAGAUAUCCACUGCCUCGCAUGGAUGAUUUGUUACACGCCGCACAAAGCACCAAGUAUAUGACGACUUUGUAUUUGCAGAGUGGCUAUUACCAAGUUGAAGUGGCACUGGAAUAA